AUGGUACCUGUUGAAAACCGCGAGGGCCCCGGGCUGCUGAGCCCCAAGGGGAGAGCGGCUGAGACCGAGGGCGGCGGCGCAGCCGGCGGCGGCCGGCAUCCUCCCCGGGCCAGAGGUUGCGGCAUGUUUACUCUCCUGUCAUCUGUCACUGCUGCUGUCAGUGGCCUCCUGGUGGGUUAUGAACUUGGGCUCAUCUCUGGGGCCCUUCUUCAGAUAAGAACCUUAUUAGCCCUAACCUGCCAUGAGCAGGAAAUGGUUGUGAGCUCCCUCCUCAUUGGUGCCUUGCUGGCCUCCCUCACUGGAGGGGUCCUGAUUGACAGGUAUGGAAGAAGGGCUGCCAUCAUCUUGUCAUCCUGCCUCCUUGGACUCGGAAGCUUAGUCUUGAUACUCAGUUUAUCUUACGUGGUUCUCAUAGUGGGCCGCAUUGCUAUAGGGGUUUCCAUUUCACUCUCUUCAAUUGCCACAUGUGUUUACAUCGCAGAGAUUGCUCCACAGCACAGAAGAGGUCUUCUUGUGUCCCUGAAUGAGCUAAUGAUUGUCAUCGGCAUACUUUUCGCCUACAUUUCAAAUUAUGCCUUUGCCAAUGUUUCCCAUGGCUGGAAAUAUAUGUUUGGCCUUGUUAUUCCCUUGGGAGUUUUGCAAGCAAUUGCAAUGUAUUUUCUUCCUCCAAGUCCCCGGUUUCUGGUGAUGAAAGGACACGAGGAAGCUGCUAGCAAGGUUCUCAGAAGGUUGAGAGCCAUCUCGGAUACAACGGAGGAACUCACUGGGAUAAAAUCUUCCCUGAAAGAUGAAUAUCAGUAUAGUUUUUGGGAUCUGUUUCGAUCAAAGGACAACAUGAGGACUCGGAUAAUGAUAGGCCUGACAUUGGUAUUUUUUGUGCAAGUCACCGGUCAGCCAAACAUAUUAUUCUAUGCAUCAACUGUUUUGAAGUCUGUUGGCUUCCAAAGCAAUGAGGCAGCUAGCCUCGCCUCCACGGGGGUUGGAGUUGUCAAGGUCAUCAGCACCAUCCCUGCCACUCUUCUUGUAGACCACAUUGGGAGCAAAACCUUCCUCUGUGUUGGCUCCUCUGUGAUGGCAGCUUCAUUGGUGACCAUGGGCAUCGUGAAUCUCAACAUCCCCAUGAACUUCACCAAUAUCUGCAGAAGCCAUAGCCCUAUCAACCAGUCGUUGGAUGAGUCUGUGUUUUAUGGGCCAGGAAACCUAUCAGCCAGUGAUGACACUCUUAGAGAGCUCUUCAAGGGGAUCACUACCCAUAGCAGAAACUUCCUAAUGCCCACAAAAAAUGAUGUGGAUAAGAGAGGGGUGACGACCUUACCAAAUGCUGGACUGAGCCAAGCUGAAUACCAGAUAGUCACAGACCCUGCGGACGCCCCAGCUUUCUUGAAAUGGCUUUCCUUAGCCAGCUUGCUUGUUUAUGUUGCUGCUUUUUCAAUUGGUCUAGGACCAAUGCCCUGGCUGCUACUGAGCGAGAUUUUUCCUGGUGGAAUUAGAGGACGAGCCAUGGCUUUAACUUCUAGCAUGAACUGGGGCAUCAAUCUCCUCAUCUCUCUGACAUUUUUGACUGUGACUGAUCUCAUUGGCUUGCCGUGGGUGUGCUUUAUAUAUACAAUCAUGAGCCUAGCAUCCCUGGUUUUUGUUGUUGUGUUUAUACCCGAGACAAAGGGAUGCUCUUUGGAACAAAUAUCAGUGGAGCUGGCAAAAGCGAACUAUGUGAAAAACAACAUUUGUUUUAUGAGUCAUCAUCAAGAGGAAUUAGUGCCAAAACCGCUUCAAAAAAGAAAACCCCAAGAGCAGCUCUUGGAGUGUAAAAAGCUGUGUGGUAGGGGACAACCAAGGCAGCUUUCUCCAGAGACCUAAUGGCCUCAAACCUUAGAAAUGUUGAUAAAGUAGAAGAACAAUUCGAAGGGUGUCUUUGUACCAAC